CCGACGCCGAGUGAAUGGCACCGAAAUGGGGCCGGUCACGGGUGGAGCCUACGGGGGACCACAGCGGCCAUCGGGCUGAUCCGGGGUUUUAGCGUCGUCACUAGUCGUUAUCUUCUUCGCGUCCAUUUAUUUCAUCAUUCUACACCUACGCGUCUGCCUGUCUGCCUAAAGCGCGUUGAAAUGCCUCGGUCCAUCGACCUGGAGCCAUUCAAGCCUGAAAUCAUCUCCCUCUUUCAUAACAAUACAACCGCUGCGGGUAUUGCCUCACAUCUUCAACAAACUCAUCACCUUCAGGUCCGAGAACGAACCAUCAAGGCACGGCUGAGUGCUUGGGGUAUCUCCAAGCGCAACCGUACGGCAACAUCCAAUACUCAACUUCAUACUAGAAUUUCUGAGUUGUUUAUUAACCAAUGCCUUGAGGAGAGGGAGUUGCUCCAGGUCCUGCAAUCGGAAGGAUUUGAGAUCUCUUCUCGCACCCUACGGCGAAUCCGUACCCGGCUGGGCUUGGUUCGACGGACUAACGACCCAGUGCAACGACAGAUGCAAGAAGAUGAAGCAUUAAAGUAUCUUCGUGAGGAAUCCAAAAAAGGAACCAUCAAGGGUUACGGAAGAGGACUGCUUACUUCUCAUAUGCGUGGACAAGGCAUUAUUAUUGCACGUGACCGUCUCUAUAAUCUUUAUCGUACGAUCCCUGGUGGCUCUUCAGGUUCUUCCUAGAGGGGGGAUUCUUUUCUCUACGAGAGACCGGCCGCGCACAACUCUAGGCAAUACUCUGUUGUCUAAUUCUCAUCACGUCGUUUUCAU